CACAAUCGCUGCAUUACAAGAACUUUCCACAAUAAUUUCGCUACAGUCGCGUAGCCGUUUUGGUUAAAGACGUUGCGCACUCUGUGCUUUGAGCCUUGUCAGCUCCACCGGCAACGAGUGCCAGAGCUAUCUGCAAGCCACCCGCACUCGCUCUCCAUUCGCUGCCAUGAGGGCCGGCGUCCUGGCUUUUGUUUUCACGGCCGCUGUGGUCGAUUGUCUCAACAUGGAGGAUCCCGUCAUCGAGAAAGCCCGGAAGUUCGUGACGGGGCACAAGCACGGCAACAUCUGCCUCGAGGCUUUCGAGGACGCCGAGGGCAUCAUCGGUGGCUUCUCGCAUUUCGACAAGCACAUGGAGACGGCCGAGACACUGGCGCAGAAGCUCGCGGAGGCCACGGGCAAGCCCAUGGAGGAGCUCGAGAAACGCAUCCUCGCGAGGCUGCACGAGGCGACGGAGGCGGCGAGGCCCACCACGGAGCCGGAGGACGAGGAGGGGCGCAAGGCGGCCCUGGCCAAGAUGAGGAGCCCGCUCCAUGCCAUGGAGCUCUGCGAGUUCGCCCUGCGGCACCACGACGAGCUGUGAGGGGCGGCCCGCCCUUCGCAUCGCUCGGACGUGUGCAUUUUUUCCUCGGUGGGGACCAUCGACGAGGAAUGGACGUCCAAGCGAUGGCGAGCGCCGCCGUGCGAUGGAGGCUGGCUGGCGCUGCCGAGCCCUCGGCGGCCCAGCCCCGCGCCCGAGCUCCUGUCGGCGCCCCCGCCCGAAUCUUCCUGCGCCGUCGAGUCCUCUGGCGCUCCACGUCCCCUCGCUGGCAAAGGCUCAGUUGGGCGAGAAGUUGUUUUCCACAUCGCUGCGCUGCUCGAUUUAGGCGUGGCUUCAUAUACCGUCUCGCCACACGCUACGAUAGCAGCGAAACCAAGAGAUGCACAACAUAUAUUCCA